GCUGCAAGCAUUGUUUCCUUUGUAAUCCCGCGAUGCAGCCACUUCUCAGAAAACGCUUCUUCUUUUUGUCCUCUUCUUCACCGUCUGCAGCUACCGAGCUUCUCGUUCAGCUUCAAGCACGUCAAUCAUCAUCUUCUCCCCAUCAUGAGUCCCGAAACGUGAGGGUUUCGGUGUGGUGGGAUUUUAAGAAUUGCAACGUGCCCGCAGGAGUAGACGCUUCGAAAGUAACUCCUGCAAUCACUGAGGCCGUUAGAGCCAAAGGAAUUAAAGGUCCUCUUCAUAUCAACGCUUUCGGCGACGUUCAGCAGCUCUCCAAGCUCGACCAGGAAGCACUUGCUUACACCGGCGUUAAUUUCAUCCACGUUCCUUACGGUGGAAGGAAUAGUGUGAAUAUUCUUGUUGAUAUUAUGUUUUGGGUGUACCAAAAUCCUCCACCUGCGCAUCUAUUUCUGAUAUCUGGUGAUAGAGAUUUUGCUGGCAUAUUACACAGGUUAAGAAUGAAUAAUUACAAUAUCUUGCUUGCUAGUCCUGGGAACGCUCCUGCUGUUCUUUGCAGUGCAGCAACUAUAAUGUGGCAGUGGUCUUUGUUGCUUAAGGGAGAAAAUCUUAUUGGAAAACAUUUCAACCAUCCUCCUGAUGGUCCGUUGGGUUCUUGGUAUGGAAACUUUAAGGUGCGACUUGAAAACCCAUUCUCGGCUGCGGUGCAGUCUACGUCUUUAGACAAUGAGGAUGUCUGUGAACCUUCCUUGGACUUAGAGUUAGGUGAGGUUUCAAAGUCGUUUGUACAGCAGGUUAAGCAUAUAUUGAGUUCACAUCCGAAAGGGAUCUCCAUUACAGAUCUUCGUGCAGAGUUGAUAAAAUGUGAUAGGCAUUUGGGUAAGUACUUCUAUGGAGUUAAAAGGUUUGCACAAUUUCUAUUAUCAAUCCCACGUGUACAGCUCCAGCCUUUAGAGGACGGUGGAUUUUGUGUAUGUUUGGUCCCCUCAGAAUCCCCUGAACCAUUUGAGAGCAGUGUUGUGCCAUCAACAAGAUUUUCUGUUAAGAAUGAGGAGAGCGAAAAUGCAGCAACUCCAAAACUCAAUGGUGAGGAUAAAAAUAAGGGUAGACAUGCCGAUGGGACUCCCUCAAUUGCCUCUUUCCAUGAAAGUAGUAUAGAUGAUGAUUCAAAAUCAUCCCAACUGGUCACUCCCCAAGGCAAAACCAUUGGGGGUUAUGUGGAUGGUAAAUCACCAUUUCCUUCAUCAGUUGAAAGACAUGAAUUUAAGCCCCAAAAUGACUUGCAGAAGUCUUCUUCUGCUAGUGAGAAGGCUGUGGAUGUGGCUAAUACACAGCUGCCAACCACAAAUGACAAAGUUUCCAAAACUAAGAUGGGUUCGUUGAGAAAGAGAUCCAAAAAGUCAUCUGAUUAUGACAUUGUUAAGACUGAGGAUGCAAGUCUUAAAAUUAUUGAAGAACAUACAACUUCAAUGAAUAACUCUCCUGGAAGUGAUAACACAACAAUGGAAAACAGUGACAUUGCAGAUUCUGAAUCUGGAAAUUUAGAAGCAAAGAACAACAAUGAGAAUCCAACUAGAAAGGAGGUUGAUGAAGUUUUUCCUAGCCAAAAUUCUUCACCAGUUGAAGACUCUAUGCUUUACAGAAGACUCUGUGGAAUUGCUGAAACUUCAGGCAAAAGCCCAACACUCUUUAGCUGGAUUAGAAGUUGGUGGCCAUUUAGGAAAAGCAAUGAAAAGUCUGAUGAUUUGUCUACUUGUCAGAACAAGGUGGUUAGUCAUUUGGAGGAUUCUAAAUUAUCUGUAUCUGAACGGGACCAGACUGUUAGUCAGUUUGAAGAGCCCAAGUUAUCAGAGCAAGACCAGAAUGCUAGUCAUUCUGGAAAGCCUGAGUUGUUUUCUAGUGAUUCAUUUUGGAAUGACAUGGAAUCUUUUAUUUUCACACCCAAAGGAUCACUUCUUGUUUCCCAGUCGAAAAACAGGGAGGAUAUGGCACAUAAUUUACAAAAUGAUGGACCCCUGAUUCUUAGAUCUCUCACUGAAAAAGAUAUCUUUCAAUUGGUGGAAUUGUUAAUAGCAGAGAAAAAAUGGUUGGUGGAGAGCCCCUCCAAACCAUUUCCUUUUAAGUUAACUCAAUCAGUUCAGAAGAACAAAUUGAUGGACCUAUCCCAUGGUUCAAAUGGUUUGAGAUCUCUCUUUCUAAGCAGAACGUCACUGCCCAACUUGCAAAAAUCGGUUGAACGUGAUAUGGAGAAACACAAUCAGAGUAUUCCUCAUACCAGAGUUUCUGCUACUGCCACUGAAACGAAAUAUACUGAGAGGUCUAGAAAUGAUAUAUUAGAAGACUGUCAGAAACUUGUGAGUGAUAUAUUGAGAGAACACCCAGAGGGAUAUAAUAUCUGUUCUUUCCGAAGACUAUUUGUGGAUAGGUAUGGUUAUCAUCUUGACAUACAGAAGCUUGGUCACCAAAAGUUGACAUCCUUACUAAAGAUAUUUCCUGGAGUCAAAUUAGACUGCACUUAUAUUUUUCCUUCUGUUCCUGCUGUUUGUGCUUCUGACGGGGAUACUUCUAUCCUCAAAACUCAAAUAAACAAUGCCAGUCAGGCUGUCACAAACACAGACAAUGAAUCAUCUUAUUCAGCCCCAAAAGAUACUAAGUUUUACUCUCCUAGGGAGGAAUUAAGUCCUGUUUCUGUUGAGAAUUCCAAUCAGAGCGAUCUGGAAUCAAAAUUAUGUCAGAAAGCCAACGAACUAGAUACAUCAAAGCAUCCUGACUAUGAACCCAUCGUCUCAGAUUAUGAUGCUUCUGAAUCCGACGGAGAUUACUCUUAUUUAACUCAACCAGAAGAGCAGGGAAAGCGAAAAUGUAAUGAACUAGACAGUUCUUUUUGGCAGGCUCUGGAUUCAUGGCACAGAAGUAAGAAAGGAGAGAAAAGUGUGUCGGACAAUGUUGGCCUCUUGAGUAAUCUGGAGAGUAUAUUAAAUUCAUCCAAUGAAUCGACCCCGGAUAAACUUUCCAAAACUCCUACAGGGAAUUGCAUAGAGAAGCAAAGAUCUCAAAAGAACUGUUCAUUUGUUGAUGACCCAGUCUUUCCUGACAAAGACAGGCUGGUUGAUGGGAUAUUGAAGAGCUUUAAAAAACAAGAUGAGUCAAAGAUUUUGGGUAAUCUCUUCCCAUGUCCUAAACCCUCUUGUGAAGGAGUGACUGCAACUGCAAGGAUUUCAUUUAUGCAUCCAGCGAUGAGGCUCCUUCUCCGAAAGAACCACUUGUUUAUGUCAUCUUUUUCAUAUUUUGUUCGGAUUGAGGCGCGUGAGUUGUCAUCUUCUUCUUCCCGAAAUGUGAAGGUUUCGGUGUGGUGGGAUUUUGAGAAUUGCAGCUUGCCAGCAGAUAUUAAUGCUUCCAAGGUGGCACCGGCGAUCACGGAAGCUGUGAGAGCCAACGGAAUUAAUGGCCCUCUUUCUAUUCACGCUUUUGGUGAUGUUCUACAGUUAUCCAAAGCUAAUCAGGACGCGCUUUUUUACACCGGCAUUCACUUCACCCACAUUCCUGGUGGAAAGAAUAGUGCUGAUAGAUUUCUUCUUGUUGAUCUCUUGCGUUGGGUUUCUGAAAAUCCUCCGCCUGCACAUCUCCUUUUAAUAUCUUCUGAUGGAGAUUUUGCUGGCGUACUACACCGGUUACGAAUGAAUAAUUACAAUAUCUUGCUUGCUAGCACAGCAUGUGCUCCUGAUGUCCUCUGCAGCGCAGCAACUAUAAUGUGGCAUUGGUUUUCAUUGCUUAAGGGAGAAGAUAUUUUUGGGAAACAUUUUAACCAUCCUCCUGAUGGUUUGCUUGGUUCUUGGUAUGGAAAUUACAAGGUGACUCUUGAUAGCCCGUUCAAAGCCGGUGAGCAGUCUACAUCUUUACAAAAUGUGGAGAUAUGUAAACCUUCCUUAGAUUUAAAGGCAGCUCCAGCUCCAGCUCCGGCUCCAGUUCCUAAUUCAGUUGUAAGGCAGGUUUGGCGUAUAUUGAAAUUUAAUCCAAAAGGGAUCUCAAUUACAGCUCUUCGUGCAGAAUUAACAAGACGGAAUGUGCAGUUAGAUAGAAAAUUCUAUGGAUAUAAAGUGUUCUCUCGCUUUCUAUCAUCAUUGCCAUGCGUACAGGUCAAGCCUUUAGGUGAUGGUAAAUUUCGAAUACAUUUGGUCCCCUCAGAAUCCCCUGAACCUGUUGAUAGCAAAGCUGUACAGUCAAUAAUAUCUGCUGUUAAGAUUGAUGAAAGGGGAAAUGUAGCAACUCCAAAGCUAAAUGGUGAGGAUAGAAAUAAGGCUAGUGAAGCAAAUGAGACACCCUCAACUGCCUCAAUCCAUGAAAGAAGUAUGGGUGAUGAUUCAAAAUCAUUCCAGCCAGUCACUUCACUAGGAAGACCCAUAGAGGAAUAUGUAGAUGUUAAUUCUUCUGUGUGUAGUGAGAAGGUUGUAGAUAUGGCUACUGCACAACUGUCACUCAAGGACAGCAAUGUUUCCAAAACUGAGACAGGUUCCUUAAAAACAAAUUAUAAAGAGUCUCAUGACAGUGGCAUUGUUGGGCCUGAGGAUGCAUGUCAUAAAAUUCUGGAAAAAUGCACUUCUUCAAGGAAUCACUCUGAAAAUUUUAGAGCAAUGAACAAAUAUGAGAAUACAACUAGAAAGGAGGUUGAUGAAGUUUGUCACAGCCCAUAUUCUUCAUCAAUUGAUUACUCUCUGGUUGAGAAAAGACCCGAUGAAAGUGCUGAAACUGAUAGGAAAGGUCCAACAUUCUUUAGCUGGACCAAAAGCUGGUGGUCAUUUUGGAAAAACAAAGCAAAGUCUGGUGAUUCAACUGCUCAUCAAAAUGAGGUGGUUAGUGAUUUUGAGGAUUCCAACUUAUCUGAACUAGACCAGAGAGUCCAGACUGUUAGUCAUUUUAAAGAGGGGUUAUCUGAAAUGGAACAGAAUGUUAUUCAUUCUGGAAUGCUCGAGUUAUUUUCUAGUGGUUCCUUUUGGAAUGAGAUAGAAUCUUUUCUUUUCACUCCCAAAGGAUCUCAUCUUGUUUCCCAGUCAAUAACCAGGGAGGAUAUGGCACAUAAAUUACACAAGGAUGGAACCCUGGUUCUUAGAUCUCUCACUGAAAAUGAUAUCCUUCAGUUGGUGGAGUUGUUAAUAGUGGAGAAAAAGUGGUUGGAGGAAAGCCCCUCCCAAGCAUUUCCGUUUAGGCUAACUCAAUCAGCUUGGAAAAACUCAUUCGUGGGCCAAUCUCAAGGUGCAAAUGGCUUGAGCUCUCUCUUUGUAAGCAGACCAUCACAGUCCAACUUGCAAAAAUCAGUUGAACACAAUGUGAAGAAACACAAUCAUAGUAUUCCUCAGACUAAAGUUUCCACAACUGUCACUGAAACAAAAUAUACCAAGAGGUCUAGAAAUGAGAUAUUACAAGACUCUCAGAAACUUUUGAGUGAGAUGCUGAGGGAACACCCGGAGGGGUAUAAUUUCAGUUCUUUCAAAGGACUAUUUGUUGAUAGGUAUGGCUAUCAUCUUGAUUUACAGAAGCUUGGUUACCAAAACUUGGCAUCAUUUCUACAGAUAAUGCCUGGAGUUAAAGUAGAGUCCACUCAUAUUUUUCCUUCUGUUUCUGCUGGUGGUGCUUCUGAUGGAGAAACUUGUAUCCUCAGAACUCAAUCUACCAAUGCAAGCGAUGCUCAUGCAGUCUCAUACUCAGAUAGUGAAUUAUCUGAUUCAGCCCCCAAAGAUGGUAACGCGGAAUCUCCAUGGGAGGAAUUAGGUCCUGUUUCUGUCAACAAUUCCAAUCAGAGUUAUCUGGAACCAAAAUUAAGUCAGAAAGCCACAGAAUUGGAUUCAUCAAAACAUCCAGAUUAUGAAUCCGUUGUCUCAGAUUCUGAUUAUUCGGAAUCUGAAGGAAAUUCCUCUUGUUUAACUCAACCAGAAGAGCCAGGACAGCGAAAAUGUAAUGAACAAGACAGUUCUUCUUGGCAAGCUCUGGAUUCGUUGCCCAGCAGGAAGAAAGGAGUGCAUAGUGCCAAGAUGGUGGACAAUGUUGAACUCUUUAGUAAAUCGCUGUCGCUGCUUGAUGUUUUAAAUUCACAAAAUGAGUCGACCCAACAUACACCUUCCAAAAUUCCUUCAGGGAAUUUCAUAAAGAAGGAAAGAUCUCGAAAGAAUUAUUCAUUUGUUGCUGACCCAAUUUUAACUAACAACGAGGACAAGCUGACUGAUGGGAUAUUAGAGCGCUACAAAAAAGAUUGAGUUCAAAAUGCAACAACACUGAGGAGGAGUUCCUGGUCUUAGAAUUUCAUAAUAGGAAACUUGGGAUUCUCAUACUAAUGAGUAUUGACAGAUCGAUAUGGUGAGAUGGUUCUUUAUAUUAGAAGUUGCAGUUUCAGCUGCUCUGAGUUCUUUAUAUCAACGAGAUGGUCCGAAUUCUCAUUUUUUUUGUUCAGAUAAUUCUUGUUAUAUUUUAGUUUAGUUAUUAUUUGCGACCGUUGUUAGAACUCUUUUAGUUGUAGUCGUAGUUAUCAAUUUUUUAUAGGGCUUAGCAGCUGAUGCUAAACUGUUAUAACAGGAUAUGGCAUAUUUAAUAAUUUUAUAUACAAAUUUAAUAAGAUUUAAUUAAGCACUUGAAAAGUUGCAAAUUUGAAAUUUUGUUUCUCUUUUUUUUUAUUUUAAAGGUAUAAUCCUUAACUUUUUAAAUUCAUUAAAAAUUGGUUUAUGUGUUCAAUUGAAAUCUGUUUAGUGAUAAAUUAGCCAACAAAAGUUUUACUUAAUCACUGUUAUGUCAUAUUUAUGUAAUUAUUAUUUUUAAUAUUUUAUUUUUUAAUGUCAAUAUUUCAAAAAAGUCUACAAAAUAUUUAUGUUAUUUUAAAAAAUCAAUAAAUAAUUCAAAUGUUUUUGGUUUUUGAGCUUGCAUCUAUCCUUUUUUCAGUCGCCACUGCAACCGUUUAUAGUCAUCUUUCCGGCAAGUUUUCCAACCAGCAACAGUGGAUCUGGUUUGCCUCGUUGUACGCCACCCAACUUCGACUGUCACAUUUCCGUCGGCAAAAAAGUCCCACACAUUAUCUCUCUCUCUCUGAUCUGCGACCAGAUUUUGCUCCAUUUCGGUAUCGGUAAGUGCUCCGACUCGACUCUUCGAACUAACGCUUCUCGAGUUACCGAAUACGAGGUCUUUGGAGAGGUUUAGCCGUACCUCGCACGCAUUUUUCACUAGCUUGUAGAGCUCCAAUGACCCGUCGUUGAAGCUCAGGUCGAAUGCGGCGUUGUUUAAGACCCACACAGAAAUGAUGUGGCGGCGAGCGAGUUGACUCAGCGAGUAAAGAGCGAGUUGGGGAUUGUCUUUGUUGUGAGUCUCCUUGCCGAGAAACCUUGGAGGGUAGGGGCGACAGUGGUGAGGUUGAUUUUUGAAGACAAAGGGGAUAUGAAGUGUGAUGAGGAUAAGGUAUAACAGAGCCACUCCAAUCAAAUUCGAUGGCGGAUGGCUCCUCUCAUCUCCUCCACCACCGGCCACAACCUCGCCCUCGUCAACCAUGGCUGAAUUUCUUGCGGCUCUGACGACCACUGGGGCCCAACUACACCCCCCGGGUACGAAUUCGAUGUAGACACAAAAAUGGA